AUGCCUCCGAACGGGCAGACCGUGCAUGGCGGUGGCGGCGGCGGCUUAGUCUCGCCCACGGCCGCCACGCCGGUGCCGUCGUCCAAGAUGGACUGCUUCCUGUCGUCCGUCUGCACGCCGCUGAAUCUCCAGUUCAUCGACGUCGCGUACCGCGUGAAGGUGGAGAGGACGGCCGGGCCGGCGAAGGAGCCGCCGGGAAGGAUAUCGCACUCGGGUGGUGGUGCCGGCGGCCUCGGCGGCGUGUCGGCGGCCGUUGAGGAGAGGACGAUACUCAAGGGGAUCACCGGCGAGGCGCGGCCCGGGGAGGUUCUGGCCGUGCUAGGCCCGUCCGGCAGCGGCAAGUCGACGCUCCUGUCCAUCCUCGGCGGCCGCCUCGCCGGCCGCUACUCGGGCACGGUCCUGACCGGCGGGCGCGCCCCGUGCCGCGCCGUGCAGCGCCGCACGGGGUUCGUCGCCCAGGACGACAUCCUCCACCCGCACCUCACCGUCCGCGAGACGCUCGCCUUCUGCGCCAUGCUGCGCCUCCCCGCCACCGCCCCGACCUCCGCCAAGCUGGCCGCCGCCGACGCCGUGAUCGCGGAGCUGGGCCUCGGCGCCUGCGCCGACACCAUCGUGGGCAACGCGUUCGUGCGCGGCGUGUCCGGCGGCGAGCGGAAGCGCGUGAGCAUCGGGCACGAGCUGCUGGUGAACCCGAGCCUGCUGGUCCUGGACGAGCCCACCUCCGGGCUGGACUCCACCGCCGCGUCCCGCCUCGUGGCCACGCUCUCGGCGCUGGCGCGCAGGGGGCGCACGGUGGUGCUGUCCGUGCACCAGCCGUCCAGCCGCGUGUACCGGGCCUUCGACUCCGUGCUGCUCCUCUCCGAGGGGAGCUGCAUGUACCACGGCCCCGGCCGCGACGCCAUGGACUACUUCGCCUCCGUCGGCUUCGCGCCGGGCUUCCACGUCAACCCCGCCGACUUCAUGCUCGACCUCGCUAACGGCUUUGCGCAAGCGGAGUACAGCGAUCGCCCGGCGGAGGGAGGCAGCGUCAAGCAGUCGCUCAUCGCGUCCUACGCCAGGGAGCUCGCCCCCAAGGUCAAGGCCGCCAUCACCGCCGGCGCGCACGUCGACGAGAAUGGCCACGCCGGCGCGGGCGAGCAGCCGCUGGAGAGCUGCAGCGGGUCUGGGUGCACCAGCUGGACCAACCAGUUCACCAUCCUGCUCCGCCGCAGCCUCAAGGAGCGCCGCCACGAGACCUUCACGUCGCUCCGCCUCUUCCAGAUCAUCGCGCCGGCGCUGGUGGCGGGGGCCAUGUGGUGGCGCUCCACGCCACUGGAGGUGCAGGACCGGAUGGGCCUCCUCUUCUUCAUCUCCAUCUUCUGGGGCGUCUUCGCCUCCUUCAACGCCGUCUUCGCCUUCCCGCAGGAGCGCCCCGUCCUCGCCCGCGAGCGCGCCUCCGGCAUGUACUCCCUCUCCUCCUACUUCAUGGCCAGGAUGGCCGGCGACCUGCCCAUGGAGCUCGCCCUGCCCGCCGCCUUCACCCUCAUCGUCUACCUCAUGGCGGGGCUCAACCCGGCGCCCGCCGCCUUCGCGCUCACCCUCCUCGUCAUCCUCUCCUACGUGCUCGUCGCCGAGGGGCUCGGGCUCGCCAUCGGCGCCCUCAUGAUGGACGCCAAGCGCGCCUCCACGCUCGCCACCGUCAUCAUGCUCGCCUACCUCCUCACCGGCGGCUUCUACGUCCACAACGUGCCCAUCUUCAUGAUCUGGGCCAAGUACUCCUCCUUCACCUACUACUGCUACCGCCUGCUCAUCGCCGUGCAGUACAGCGGCCACCUCGCCCAGCUGCUCCCGCUCGACUCCACGCACGGCGAGGCCGGCACCUGGACCUGCGUCGGAGCCCUCGUCGCCAUGUUCUUCGCCUACCGCCUGUUCGCGUACUUCGCCCUGCGCCGGGUCAGGACGUGA